CCCUGGCCUUUCGUCGUCCCUCCCCCUCACUUCACGGCCCCCCUGCCAUUAAUAUCUUGGCCCCGCUCCGUGCCUUCCACUCCAAGGCUGCCUCCUCCCCAAUCCCACCUGACCCUCCUGUUCCUGCCUCCUGCUUCCUGUCUUUUUUACUUUCUGAGGUUGCUUUCAGCGCCUCGUCAGCCCAAAACAUCAGCCGACAGCUGCCCACAUAUUCCGUACACAGGCACACAGACACACAAACAAACAAUUCAGGGCGUGCGACUGACUUGAAAACCUGACUUGAUUGACUGCGUCUGGUAAUGGCUUCGUACGACCCGUACGACGCCCCGGCCAGGGAGCGCACUACGCGGCGCUACUACCGCGAAGAGCGUCGCGACGACCGCGAUCCUCGCUACUGGGAGGCUCGCGAGACCCAUCUCCAUGUGCAGCCGUCGCGCGAUCUCGUCCCGCGACCGCGCGAAGACAGCGACCUGUCGGUCGAAGAGAUCCGCCGUGAUUUCCCCCCUCCCGGCUACUCAUCCAGGGACAUUCGCCGCGCCCGGUCCGCCGAGCCCGGGUAUUAUGACGAGUACGAUGACCGGCGCUCCCACUACAGCCGAGACCGCGACUAUGACGACUACGACCGCAAGUCCCACAAGAAAUCCGAGGUUGCCUACUACGAGGAGGAACGGCGGUCGAAGGUUCGCAUGCUGUCCAAGCAGGAGCAGAUCAUCGCUGCUGUAACCGGCGCCGCCCUUGCCAUCGGCGGAAAGGAGCUCUAUGAUCGCCGCGAGGCUAGUCAGCACGGCACCGAGGUUCAUCGGAACCUUCUGGCCUCCGCCGCCCUUGGUGCUGUCGGCGCCUUUGCCGGUUACCAGGGCACCGAGCUCUACAACAAGUACAAGGAAAAGGAAGAAAAGAAGGCCCACAGAUCCGGUUACUACUCGGACGACGACGAGAGCGUCAAGGAAAAGAAGGGCCACAAGAACUUCUUGGAGAGCGCCCUUGCUGCUGCUGGGCUGGGCGGCGCCGUCAAGGCUUUGGCAGGAGGCGGCGGCAAGGACGACAGGUCGGACACCAGAAGCCGCCGAGGCAGCCGGUCCCCGUCGCGCUCACGCUCCGCCUCCCGCUCUCGAGGCAAGGACCGGGAGAGGGGUGGUAAGAGCGAGGUCGCCAACAAGGUCCAGAAGGCCGCCAUGGCGUCCCUCAUUGCCGGCGCUACCGAGGCCUUCCGCAUCUCCAAGCAGCCCGGUUCGUGGAAGGGCGAAAAGGCCAAGCGCAUUCUCACGGCCGCUGCUGGCGCUGCCACCCUCGAUGCCGCUCAGAACCCGGAAAAGGCCGGUAGCAAGCUCGGCCUUGCCGAGGCCGUCGUCGGCGGCCUUCUCGGCAACCGUGUCAUCAACGGCUCCAAGAAGAACAUUGAGAUGGACGAGCGGACUGGCCGCUCCCGAUCUCGCUCCCGCGCCCGCUCCAGGGACGGCGGCGGCAGCGGCGUGAGCGGCCUUGCUGCUCUCGCGACCGCCGGCCUCGGCGCCUUUGGUGCCAAGAAGCUCAUGGAUAGCCAUGAACGUUCCAGGUCCCGGCGCCGAAGCCCAGACUCGCGCGACAGCCGUGAUGGCUCGCCCGAUCGCCGCCACCGCAGCCGGAGCCGGAGCGUAGUGGACGCCGCGCGCCGGGGCCUAGCCAAGGUCGGCAUCGGCAACGGCCCUGAUGACGAUUACCUCGAUCGCCGCGACCGCAGCCGCGAUCGGAGGCGCGACUACGACGACUAUGAAGACUCCGGUCGCUCGCGCCGGCACCGCGAUGAUUACGACGACUACGACAGGGACCGCUCCCGCGACCGGCGCAGAGGUGGUGGAGGACGGGACGAUUACGACGACGACCACCCCCGCCGCAGCGGUGGCCGCGACCGUUCCAGGCAGGGGAGACGUGGUUCCGUCUCUUCGGACGAUCUGGGUGAUUCCGACGAGGAUAGGAAACGAGACAGGAAACUGAGAGGUAAGCAAAUCAUUACUACGGGUUUGGCCGCCGUGGCGACCAUCCACGCGGCCCAUAGUGUCUACCAGAGCAUGGAGAAGCGCCAUGCGAGAAAUAAGGCAGUGAGAGAGGGCCAGCUAAGCCCAGAGGAGGCCGAAAAGCUGAAGAAGAGGGCCCUUCUCCAAGACGCAGCCGCGGUUGGUAUCGCGGCACUCGGCAUCAAGGGCGCCAUCUCGGAAGUGAAGGAAGCUCGAGAGUUGAGGCACGAGAUGCUCAAGUGGAAGGUGGAGAAGGAAGAAAGACACAGGCGGCGCCUUGAGAGACAAAAACGACUGGCAAACGGCGGCGACGGUGGUGGUGGCGACCUGGCCGGCAGACAGAGGGCUGACAGUUGGUCUGCGUCAGCUCCGCCGGGGGCCGACUGGCACAACGAGGGGCCCCGUUACAUCGACGGGAAUCCCUACGGCGCUAUGGUUCCAGCUGGACCAUCCGACAGGAGGUAGGACAGGGGUGGAACGCCUCUCGUCCUCGCCGCCCAGCCGUUCAAAAGCUUUGGUUUCGGAACACGUCGCACCAGAUUUACAGCUAUCCGGAAUGGAGAUAUCACCCUGUCUCUUUCGCACUUCCACUGCCGCUGCUUCCGAGAUGUGCCCCCCACACACACACACACACACA